AGUCUCACUAGCUACUCAAGAACUUUGAGACUCUCCCUUUGACAACCAAACAAUACCAAAAGAUGUCAAGUAACUCAAGCCCACUAGAAAUAGACACUUCAUUUUCACAUUCCAAUUUCUUCUUUUUCCAAGAUCAAUCACCAAUUUUACAAUGGGAUGAUGAUCUUUUCUUCAAUAAUCCAUUGUUUGAUGAUGAUCAAUCACCAAUACCAUAUAACUCAGAGAAAGAUGAAAAUCAUCAAAUAUUUGAAGAAUCCUCAGACAAUACAAUUAUAUCAAAAGGAAGCACUAGCCAUGGUCAAGAAUUAGAAGAGGUAACAUCCCAAGAAGAAAAAGAAAAAGAAAAAGAAAAAGAAAAAAAGCAUUAUAUAGGAGUUAGAAAAAGGCCAUGGGGUAAAUAUGCAGCAGAAAUAAGAGAUUCAACAAGAAAUGGAAUUAGGGUUUGGUUAGGAACAUUUGAUACAGCUGAAGAAGCUGCUUUAGCUUAUGAUCAAGCUGCAUUAUCAAUGAGAGGUCCGUGGUCUCUUCUUAAUUUUCCAUUGGAAAAAGUUAAGAAAUCACUUGAAAAAAUUGAGUAUUCUUGUAAAGAUGGAUUGUCUCCUGCUGCUGUUCUAAAAGCUACUCAUAAAACAAGGAGAGUGAAGCAUAAAAGAAGUAGUAGAAAGAAAAAGAAUAAAGAAAAUCAUAAUGUUCUUGUUUUUGAGGACUUGGGAGCUGAAUUAUUAGAAGAGCUUUUAAUGAGUUCGUCGUAACAUUCGUGUCGAAGGCAUUGGAUUCAGUUUGCCAGACGGAUGGAAAUUAGUUUGUAAUAACAUUCGUGUCGAAGUCACUGAGUUCAGUUUUCCUGAAAGAGGAAAAAAAAUUAUCUCCCAAUCGCUUUCAGUUGGUGUUUAUUGAUGAGUUAUUACUCGCUAUCUAACUGGAAAAAAUGAUUCAGAAAAUUCCGCCCAAAAAAAAAAUUACUGGAAGGAAGACUAUCAGAAUCUCACGAUCUACGAGUUUGUAAAACUUCCUCAGUUCCUCUUUUUUAUUUUGUUUUUAUUUCUGAAUUCUUGGUUUUUGAGGAAUUGGGAGUUUAGUUUUAAGAACUUUUGAUGGGUACAAUCUCAAAAAUAAUGUUUCGACUUGUUUGUGCAUAUAAAUUUGCCUUUUUUUAUAUUUAA